GGUAGAAGUUGCACCAGGCAGCCUCACUUGCUCCAGCACCUUCUUCCCUUCAGGCAAAAUGAAAAUCCUUGUGGCAUUUCUGGUGGUGGUGGCCAUUUUUGGGAUACAAUCUCAUGGAUAUGAGGUUUUUAACAUCAUCAGCCCAGUCAAGAAAGGUGCCAGUCUUCAGGAGACAAUGACAAUUGAUAAUGAAAAAAAUACUGCCAUCAUUAACAUUCAUUCAGGAUCAUGCUCCUCCACCACAAUUUUUGACUAUAAACAUGGCUACAUCGCAUCCAGGGUGCUGUCCCGAGGAGCCUGCUUCGUCCUGAAGAUGGACCAUAAAGCCAUCCCUGCUCUGGGCCAACUCCAGCGGUACAUCUAUGAGAAGCAGGCUCUGAAAAAAAUGUUCUCUGACAAAUACGUCUGGGCCAAGUACAACCCACUAGCGUCUCUGGUCACAGAAGUGAACUGGUUCCUGUUUGGGUCACCCAUCAGGGAGCUCUGCAAUAAUGUCCCCUUGUACAAGGGAGAGGUUGUUGAAAAGACAAGAAUUAUCGGCGUUUCAGGCUGUGCAAAGACUGGUCUCCUGGGCGUCUUUGGAAUUUCUGUAUGUGCAGACAUUCACGUUUAGGCACCAGCCCACUGGUUUCAUCUUUUCAAAUAAGUACACCUGGUUUCCACCCAGCCGCCAAAUUUAAUUCUUUUCCAAUGCUCCAACUCAUUUUGACAUGCAGUGAUAAAACAUAAAUACUAUAUUUACAGUU